GCUCGAGCGAACCCGCCGCCGCGUUGCUGGCCCUCUCAGUCGCGACGCGCUCGUCACAGGGUGCAGAUCGUACGUCGUUCGUCGCUUCGACACCCUCCGUCGCGCGCAACACGCGCUUCUCACGCGGACAGUCGCCGCCGUACGUCGCACGGCGUUUACCGCGAGCCGCAAUCCGUAUCCGUACUAUCCGUUAACGCGUUAAUUUUUCGCCGUGGAAAACCCGCAACGUCGUCGUCAUCGUGAUCGUUGUUGUUCCGCGUUUCGAGGUGGUUGGUGGUGGGUGGUUAAUGGUGAAGUCUGAUUCUCUCUCUCGGACAAAACGCUCCUCAACGUGAUAGACACUUCGAUGAGACUAGAUUAAGUGACAGUAGCUAGGAACUGUUAAGAAAAGGAGGAAGAGAAAAUACAGCGAAAGGGAGAGUAAAGAUUAAGUGUGCCGCGUGGUGGAAAUAGGGACGUGUCCCCCCUCCUCCCGUGACGGGAUUACCUUGAUCCCUCGGGAGACUCCCCGCCGUGUAUGAUGCUUCGUUGGGGAAGACAAGGCGAACUCUAACUCUCUUAAAAGCGGCGGGAGUGGAUUAGAGUGUACGGUAUAUUCCGAGCCACGUUUCGGAGCUAGGCUAAAAGAUGCUCGACCACGACGUCCCGUUGGGACGAUGACGCCCGCGUCGGUUCGCGUCUGACAGAUCCGCGCACGUUGCCACGAGGCGCGCGGAUAAGGCACUCGCACUCGCCCCGCGUAAUUUCGCGCGGACAUCUGGAGGUUUUGCGUGUGGCUGUGCAUGUGUGUGUUGCAGAUGCGGCCUCGUUGCUGAUCCGAUCGAGGGUGAACGUUGCCGAGAAGCCGCGGCGAGACGCACCACGAGGAGGAGGUGACUGGAGGAAGAGACGAAAAGAGAGCGAGAGGCGACAGCGUAGAAGGGAAGAAUCGCCCGGCGAGAUAGAGGAGAGACCCAAGCGGAAGGUGCAUUACGUCCGAUCAUGACGCAACAAAGCGGCGCUGGGUCACCCCAGCAGUUCUGCCUGCGCUGGAACAAUUAUCAGACUAAUCUGACCAACGUCUUCGAUCAGCUACUACAGAGCGAGAGCUUCGUGGACGUGACCCUGGCCUGCGACGGGCACAGCGUCAAGGCCCACAAGAUGGUCCUGUCGGCCUGCAGCCCGUACUUCCAGGCGCUCUUCUUCGACAACCCCUGCCAGCAUCCGAUCGUUAUCAUGAAGGAUAUCAAAUGGCCGGAGCUCAAGGCCGCGGUUGAGUUCAUGUACAAGGGCGAGAUCAACGUCUCCCAGGAGCAGAUCGGCCCGUUGCUUAAGGUCGCGGAGAGCCUCAAGAUCCGCGGCCUCGCGGACGUUAACAGCGAGCACGAGCUGACGUCCAGGCCGACCCUGGAGGAGGUCGCGACCGCGGCGAUGCAGCGGAAGAAGCGCCGCCGGAUGUCCGGCGAACGCUCGCCGUCCGCCAACAGUCCGGAACGCGUCGGCUCCGGCAGCAUCGGCCCCGACGAUCAGGAUGUCAUCGGCAGCAACAUCAUCGUGCCCGAGAUUCACAGCAUGGUGCCGUCGACUGCCAGCUCGACCCCGAGGUCCCUCGGCUCGCCCAGCACGCCCAGCAUCUCCGUCACGCCGCAGAUCAACCUGCAGGAACUUCCGACCUCGCUGCCCUUACCGCCACCCCCGCCACCACCACCGCAGGGACAGCAGAGCUCGCACCCCCUGCCGACCCACCACGUGCCCGGCCACGUGACUUCCGGUCCGCACGCGCCCGUCAACCACCUGGGCGGCCACGGCCAACAACUCAGCGUGCAGCAGCAACAGCAGCAGCAGCAACAGCAGCAGCAACAGCAUCAUCAGCAGGGCGCCGGCAAUCAGCCCAACGCCGGUGACGACCUCGAGAUCAAGCCCGGCAUCGCGGAGAUGAUUCGGGAGGAGGAAAGGGCCAAGUUGUUGGAGUCGUCCCACGCUUGGCUCGGUGCCUCCACCUCCAGUAUAGCAGACAGCUACCAGUACCAGCUGCAGUCCAUGUGGCAGAAGUGCUGGAACACCAACCAGAGCCUGGUGCACAAUCUGCGCUUCCGGGAACGUGGACCCCUCAAGUCCUGGCGGCCGGAGACCAUGGCGGAGGCGAUCUUCAGCGUGCUGAAGGAAGGACUCUCCCUCAGCCAAGCGGCAAGGAAAUACGAUAUCCCCUACCCGACGUUCGUCCUGUACGCGAACCGAGUGCACAACAUGCUGGGUCCUAGCGCCGACGGCGGGGCCGGUGAGUAUCUGCGCCCGAAGGGACGAGGACGACCGCAGAGGAUCCUGCUGGGUGUCUGGCCCGACGAGCAUAUCCGCGGGGUGAUUCGAGCAGUGGUAUUCCGCGACGGACACUCGCCCCACAUCGUCAAGGAGGAGCCGACCACGAUGUACCCCAGCCUGGCGAACUACACGGCCUGCAACGGCCCGGAAGGCGCGGUCAGUCCGAACGCGGCAACCGUAGCUGCGGUCGCGGCGGUCGCUCAAGGUCUGCGACACCAGAUGUGCAACAUGGUGGCAGCGGCGCACUCGCAGCAGCACGACAUGAUGGCGACGAACCUGUCGACGAACCUGUCCACCAGCCUGGCGUCGAAUCUGCAGGCGGCGAUGCAGGCCAGCCAGCAUCAUAACAACAACAACACGAGCAGCAACGCGAGCGGCGGCGGCGGCGGCCUCGGCAGUAGCAACAGCGCCGGCAACAACAACGGCAACUCCCCGUUGAAUCUCGGCCUGGCGAGUCCAGGCUCGGGCGGGCCGCCCGAGAGCCCGUUGGAGAGUCCCCUGGCGAGCCCGCUGGGCCCGCUGAUGGACCCGGCGGGCCACAUACCCAGCAGCGUGGAGGUCGGCAUCGGCGUGAGCGGCAUGACAUACAAGCCGGCGCGGAGCUUCGUCAGUCCGCGCCCGGAGAAUCUCUUCCAGGAGGAUAUCGCCGAUCUGGUGAAGAGCCCCCACGGUCUCAAGGACAAGGACAAGAUCCCGGUGAAGCUCGAGCCGCUCACGGACUCGCGCUGCGAAUAGUAAGCCAUCCCGGUGGCCGCGAGACGAGGAGGAGAGACGACGACGUCAGCCGCAGUGCAGGAUCGUCGGCCGUGGAAGGACGUGGCGCGUCGAUGACCCCGAGGAGGAUCUCUCUCUCUUCGAGGCCGUCAGCGGCCGAGGGCCGGUGAUGCGGACCGGUAGGCUUCUCGCGAAGAAUCGAGCUCUGUCUCAUUCACUUGACCUCCUCGCGGGAGUUUAUAGUAUAUAUAAACGCAUACGCGACUCCGAACGUUAUACGCGAGCGCGAUGUAUUGUGCAUACGAAUAUCUUAGAGGGAUGUUAGAGAGAAAGAGAGGCUUACAAUCAAAAGAAAAGAAAAACUGACGGAGACACAUACAGAGUGCGGACGAGAUAAGCGAGUGUCGAGAGUUUCUCGCCUGGCGCAGCUUCGGGAAGAAACGAUCGAACGGUAGUGGCCCCGUCCUGUACGAGGAUCGGCCUGCUCGAUCCUACGACAGCGGGGUACAAGCAGAGACGCAGGGGAGGAGAGCGAGAGAGAGUAAAACCUUCUUUUAGCAAACAUACUAUAGCUAUUGGGUCGCCGGCGCCUCGCAAGCGCGCCGCCACCUUUUUCCAAUCUAGAUAGUCGUGUCAUCGUCGUGUCGUACAGACUAUGUACAUGUAAUAAAGGUAAAACCCACACACGCGCACACGUAUGGACAUACACACACAAAACACACACACACACACACACACUCACCCACUCACACACGCGCAUACACACACAUAGACAGACACACGAGCGCGCCGUACAUACAAGAUACACACUCGAAAUUUAUACCUAUGCAUUAUACGAUAACUGUACUUUUAAUGCCAAAUGUAUAAUAACUCGUAAGGGGUCGCCUACUGCCGAAUGAUUGAUUAUUCGAGACGGAUAUCGACGAGAAAGUAAGCCGCCUCGAACAGAGUAGCACAUUGUACUAUCGAGUCCUUACACAACGUGUCAUGGAUUAGUUUGUGAUACGCCCUAAUUUUUAGGAGUCGCGAAAGAUUUGAAAAUUAUUCUAGGAUUACAAGAGUAAGGUUUCUCUUAGUAGCGGUAUACGCAUAUACAUAUAUGUAAUGAAAGUAAUAAAUUACAGAGCUCGCGAACUCUCAUUUUCUAUUUCUGUAAAUUAUUCCAAGAACGUAAAUCUUUGGCUUUUAGACAAAAUAGAGAUCUGGUUUUGAGUUGCUUAUAUAAGCCUACUGAUAGAGAUACCUUUCUUUUUCUACGCGUAUAUCGAAUUACGGCUUAAAGAUAAGUCUCGCGCUUUUGUCUAUGAAUCUCUUCGAAACGGAAAAUCUCAAUUUUAUCCGCGACGCUUUGUGCAAGAAAUACCAUCCUUUUGACGCCAGGCAGUAAGCGACGUCACCGAUCUAAGCUCGAUAAGUAAGGGAGAUGUACAAAAUUCACUAUGAUUGUCUACCAAGCAAGCAAACGAGCAAAAAAAAAAUUAAAGAGCGAACGAGAGAGCGAAAGAGGGAAAAAGGUACGACAAAGUAUUUAGAGACGGAGAAAACAAAUUCAACGGCUUAUAAAGCGAGCACACUCUAGGCCGAGAUGAUCGCUAUAAAGUUAUUAAGUAUAAUGAUUGCCUUCCUGCCAUAUUUGGGGUAUGCCAAGUAUAAAAAUUAUAAGGUUUAGGGAUUAGGGACGAGAAACUGUGGCUCGACACGACAGACCGUGUCGAAAUUUCGGCGAGUUCGGCGACCACGAGUGUCUGCAUCGAUGCGAGAUUGCGAGCCUGAAUAUACGAGUCUGCGUGAGUGCGUGAACGCGGGUGCGAACGGACGAGUACGAACGGAGGUGCGAAUGUGGUUGGCUUUAGGUGAGAAAAAAAAAUACUCGUAUACGUGUUCUUCUUUCGAAAGAUCGUGCUAUUUUUCAAAAUUUUACACACGUCGCGCGUGAUUCCGCGAAGGGAUCUCGAGUCCUCGACAAUCGAUGAACGAGCCGUGCCGACCCGUUAAAGUGACGAGGUAUAUUAAUACCGCGCAAGAUCAGAGCGGAGUUAUGCAUUAAGUUUAAUUUAUUGAAGCUUGUAACUAAUCACCUUUGCUAAAUUCAGAACGAUCCGUAGAGUUUUAGACUUGAUUACCGCAAAAGUAAUCGCUCUUCGACGAUACUGAUAUCAAGAUCCUCCAUUUGACCACUGUCGCUAAUAAGCAGGCGAAUUUUAUGAUAAUGUCGAGCAAAUAGUGCAAAAUUGUACACGAUUAGAAUUGAUUAGACCCUGUAAUCGAUCGUCUACGAUAAAUUCGAUCCGCUUUAGAUUUGAUUAUCGCCAAGUACUUAACUUUUUGAUGAUGUUAAUCUGAAGACCCUCGCUUGAUCAUUUAUAUCUUUGAUCGGCUAUAAACGGAUCGUAAUUUUUCAAAUAGCUUAAUCUUGGGUGUAUCUUUAUCGCGAAGACGGAAUUUUCUGGAAAUUCUAACAUCGGCACGCUGGUUCGGGAGAGAGAAAGAGGAAGAGUGUGAGAGAAUGCCAGUGAGAAUGAGAGAAAGAGACUCCUUGUAAGUGUAAAAAGUAAACAAAAAAAAUUCGAAGUGGCCUUCGGUGAAAGGGAAAGAUCAUCGCUUUUCGCUUUUGCUCGUACGAGGCUUUUGGCGAAACGAGCCAUCCGUGUUAUCCGUUUGUCUGGAAACUUUACGGAAGAGAGGGUAAAAAAAUCGCAGGAAGAAAAAAAAAUUCAUUCUCGCGCCACGCUCAUGCAGCCAGAAUAUUUCCGGUGAAGAGGGGAGGGGGGGAAGGGAUGAGAGGGGUAGGAACAAGGAUUGCGCGAUCGUAACACGUAUCUGAGGGGCGACUAAUUGUAAGAGACAAAACAUCAGGCAAGUCAAAAAUAAAGGGGGGGAAAAGUAACACGUUAUUCUUGAUACAAACGACUUUUGUGCGAAAACGCGACGGUGUCGCGAGGCGACACGAACGGCGAUUUAUUAUUAGUAUACGCGUUGCGAGACUUCAAUCGACCACCGUUUUUCAUUUCGGCGAGAAAUUCGGAAAGCGCGAAUUCUAUUUACCAUUUAGGCAUUAAUGUGUUCAAACGUAAAUUCGCGCGAGAUGUGCGACGGCAAAAAAACGAGAGAGGAGAAAAAAGUGGGGUUGCGCGGACGGGGAGCCGAAAUUUAGUGGAGAAGCGCAAGCCGAAUCGCGAAAAAUCCAAGUGCAGGAGGAAGAGAGAGCGAGAGAGUGAGCAAGAGAGAGAGAGAGAGAGAGAAAAGCGAGAAAAAGGGAGAAUACACGAGGUCGCGAGAGCGUGGGGAAGAGAGAGAGAGAGAGAAAGAGAGAGAGCGAAUGCGGAAGAGUUUAAAAUUAAAUAUUGUAUAAAAAGAAAAAAAGUAGUAAGUGCCUUCCAAAAAAAAAUUUAAGUGUCCCGUAGACCGUGACCACUUGACUAAGCGACGAGAAAAGUCAUUCGAAAUUCUGCUGAAUGCAUUACUCGUGUGAUUAUGUUUGUAGAUACGUUGCGUAAGCUCGACACAUCGCUUUUUUUUUAGUUGACGCCUCGUUUUCCCCGCGGCGCUCGUCGAUCUAGAUUGAUUGUAAAAUCAAGUCUAAAUCGAGUAAUAAACUCGAUUAAAACAAACAGUAAAAAAAAUAGAUAAUUUCGACAAGGAGACCUAUUUUACAUUUCUGUAAGCGUACUUUUUGUGUUUUGAUUUUCUUGAGAGACUUUUAUUUUGUUUCUAGCUCGACACAACCCCCUUUUUUUAGUUGACGCUUCAUUGUCUCCGCGGCGCUCGUCGAUCUAGAUUGAUUUUAUACUCGAUUUAAAAUAAUAAGUGAAAAAAUUGAUAAUUUCGGCAAGGAGACCUUUUCACCAUUUCUGCAAUCUUACUUCUGUAAGCGUACUUUUUGUGUUUUUAUUUUCUUGAGAGACUGUUAUUUUAUUUCUAAUUACAAGCUGUAAACGCGCGAAGCGUCCCACUCUUCGGAUUUCAUGUAAUCCCCAAAUCCAGAUCGAUUCGAUCGAAUUCGAUGAUCGAUAUAAAUUUGUAGUGGCAGCAUUUUUCAAUGCAAAAUUUUUCGACCGUUCCUGAACUGUUCGCGAAGAGAAAAAUCCCCCUUUCGAGAUUUUUAUCUAUUUGCAAAACAAAAAACGUGCUUGCGCAAUGAGCGAGAUAUUCAGUUAACCGACGAGAACCCUCUUCUGUAUGUCGAAUACGCAAUGUAUCUACGAACUCUGUGUGUGCGUGUCAGAGUGAAUGUCCGAAGCAACAAACUACCCGACAAAAUUUGUGUUUUGGAUCAAUCCACACAGGUAAUACCCUGAAUGGCAUAUUCUCGAAAUGUUUUCCUUUUUAGUUUCCCGGCAAUGCAAAUAAAGUCGACGCAUUUUAGGUAGGAGGGAAAGAGCAUAGGGGGGGGAAAAUGAAAGCGGAACAGCUGACCGACAGAACGGAGAACGGCUAUUUCGAGAGGACCCUUUCGUUUCCACAUUUUGAUAUAUACAUAUAUGUAUCUGUGAACAGAUGGUGAAAAAAAAAGAAUAUACCUAUAUUACAUACCUAAGACGUAAGUGAACAAAAAAGUAUCUAAUACGCUAUUAUUGAUAUAGAACACAAAGUGAAUAUAUAUAUGAGAAAAAAGUAUAUUAUAUAUAUAUAAAUAUAUAUAUAAAAAAUUGAUAUAUUGACGCUGUAGGAUUAUACUGAGGCUGAGUGCGUUUAUUGCGAAAGAGAGAAAGAGCGAGAGAGCGCGAGCGAGAGAGAAAUAAAGAUAGAGGCCGCGGUUCUUUUUUUCCGAACGUCGUCGAGGACGAAACAAAAGUUCACGGGAGUUUUGCGCUAGGCGAACUAAAGGCUGAAGGCUUUAGAAUCGAGAAGAUAAAGUAUAGCUCGUAGGAUUUUUUUAUCGGGCCGACACACACAAAAGGACGGACGUGCGUGACUCUGGCGCUACCUUAGUGAGAGCCAAUUUUAUUUCAGCUCGCGGAUGCGUGUCCCGUUUAUCGAUAGACGCACUGACUGAUCUCGGCGUUUUUCCCUUCUUCCUCCGAGACGAAAUCGAGUCGGGAACAACGCGUUAAACUGUCGAAAGUUGUAGCACAUGUUUGUAAGCUGAAAAAAGAAAUUCGGAACUGCUUAGCUUUAAUAAAACGAUUGGAGAGAA